AAAGCAAAAAUGUCCUGAUAGGAGUUCAGGCUUCAGAUUGAGGUGUGGCUGCACAUAAAAAGGACCAACAGGUGACAGCUCUGUCUAUGGAUCUGCUCUCCAGCAAACAGAUCUAUAGUUUCACCUGAAGUUUCAAAAUGUACGGACACAACCAAGGAAACCAGUAUCCCCCCGGUUACCCAAACCAUCCUCAACAGAUGCCGGGAGGUUACCCUCACUAUCCUCCUGGCACAGUCCCACCAAACUGUCCUCCUCAGCCCCACGGUCCACAGGGAACCUACCCUGGACACGGACCUGGGCCUGGUUACGGACAUGGCCAAGCUCACGGACACGGACACGGACAUGGACAUGGACAUGGACAUGGACAAUGCCAUGGUCAGGGCCAUGGACAUGGGCACAAGCACAAGCACAAGCACGGUCACAAGCAUGGCAAGUGUCACAAGAAAGGAAAGGACUGUCACGGGUCCUCCAGCAGCUCCUGCAGCAGUGACUCUGACUGAGGAAGAUUCCUGGAUGGAGAGAGAAAUUGGCCUCCUGGAAACCUUCAUCCUCUUAUUAUAUAUUAUAAUCAACAUUUUACUGCCUAAAUAUGUCUUCAAAAAUAAAGCUUAAAACUGUAUUUGUAUCAAACACCAGCAUAUUUAUAAAAAUGUACCCACUGGCUUCUGUCAAAACAUACAGUAUAUGAAAAAUAAACAUUUAGCUAUUAUUAAAAUUCCAUAACUUUGGUGUAAGAGACACAUUACAGAUAUUAUUGUAUCCCCGAUUGUGUUUUGGAGCAACAGAUUUCUGUGUGUGAUCAGUUGCAAUAAAUUAAUAAUGCAA